AUGAAGCUUGUUAUCGGAGGAUCUACUGGCCUUGUUGGCACAGAACUUGUCCGCCAAGCGCUGGAAAACCCAGCCAUCACGGCCAUCAUAGGUCUCAGCCGGCGCGAGACGCCAGUACCACCCUCGGCAGCUAAUGGAGCUAAGUUCAAGUCCGUCGUCUGCGACAACUUCGAGGAGUACCCCGAGAGCGUAAAGAAAGAGCUCGAAGACGUCGAUGCAUUCAUAUGGACUAUAUCCAUUACUCCUUCGAAGUUGAAAGAUUUCACAUGGGAGGAGGCGGUCAAAAUCUCCAAAUAUUAUGCCUUUACCGCCCUUCAGACCGUCGAGAGCCUCCCGCGCAAACAGACUCAGCCCCUGCGCUUCAUCUACAUGAGCGGACACUUUGCCACACGCAAGCGCACUGAACAGGUCAAGGUGCUGGGCGAGUGGGGUAUGAUGGAGUACGGCUACCUGCGCGGCGAGGCCGAGACUGAAAUCCUAAGGCUCACUCAGGAGUCUAAUGGUCGGGUCCAGUCCUGCGUCACCAAGUCCGGCUUUAUCAAUUCACCGGGUAGAGUGAGGCCCAAUGUCGCCGGUCUCCCCCUUGUCGAGUUGCGUGAUAUUACGGCUGCCAUGCUGGAUCAGAUUAUAAAUGGUUUUGAGAAGGACACUCUGUCCAACGAUGAUUUGGUGCGGAUUGGCAAGAAGGCUUUGGGUCAGCAGCAGGACAUGUAA